AUGGUUUUCCAGAUUCUACUCCACGCUACUCUCUUGGUUUGGUCAGUGAUGAUGAGUAGUGCAAUACUAGCUGCAGCACAAAGACAUAAGCCAUCCAUAGCAAGGCCACAUUGCCAACCGGAGUGUGGAGGGAUUGAAAUCCCAUACCCUUUUGGAAUGGGAACCUCAGAUGAUUGUUACCUCAGUGACUCGUUCCAAAUAUAUUGUGACAACUCGACAGAUCCUCCAAAACCUUUUCUAUACCUGUCUAAUAGUAAGCGGGAGGUGCUGGAGAUAUCUCUUGCAGGCACACUCAAGGUCAUGAACCCUAUUUCCUUCUUCAAUUGCAGUGACAAGGAAUUUACCACCCUUCAGCCGGCUAGCUUGGUGGGAACCUCAUAUGUGUAUUCACAGAGGAAUAGAUUCACUUCGAUGAGUUGUGGAGCGAUUGCCUACAUGAUGUCAUGGGAAUCGGAGUCGAUAAUCAGUGGCUGCUUGUCCAUUUGUGAUCCUAGUGCUGGCAGGAGAAGUUUACUAAAUAACAGUUGCACUGGUAUUCAUUGCUGCCAGACCACCAUUCCUGCAGCUGUUCAAGACUUCUACACUGAUUUUAGAGGCGUAGAACUUGCCGCGGAGAAAGAUAUGUGCAAGUUUGCGUUCCUAGUAGACCAAGAUUGGUUUACAUCAGAUUCAACUAAUAUUUCUGCCAUUAACGAUGAGAUGGACUCUGUCCCUAUAGUGCUAGACUGGGACUUGUCUAAUUACACCAUUGCUGAUAUAGUGGGAACAGAAGUAUGGUGGGGGAGUGAUUAUUUCAAUAGAACAGCUUGGACUGGCAGCCAGUGCUAUUGCUUAGAGGGCUUUCGUGGGAAUCCAUAUCUUAUUGAUGGUUGUCAAGACAUUAACGAGUGUAGAGAGUAUCCAAACAUAUGUGGUCGCUUUGAUUGUUUCAAUUUUCCCGGGGGAUUUUUUUGUAAUGAUAGGCCUGCACCACCGCAGUCACGGUUUCAUGUGGCUAUUAUAGUUACCUGCAGUGUCCUUGCAAUACUGAUUAUACACACUUGUGCAUGGUGGUUGCAAAGAGCUCUAAAGAAAAGGAAGAUUAUCAAACGCAAGCAGAAGUUCUUUAAACAGAAUGGUGGUUUAUUAUUGGAGCAACAAUUAUCAUCUGGUGAAGUUAAUGUUGAGAAAAUCAAACUGUUCAACUCAAAGGAGUUGGAGAAAGCCACUGAUCAUUUUAAUGUAGACAGAGUUCUUGGACAAGGAGGUCAAGGAACUGUUUAUAAAGGAAUGCUAGCAGAUGGAAAGAUUGUAGCAGUAAAGAAGUCAGUAAUAGCUAAUGGAGGAGAAGUGAGACAAUUCAUUAACGAAAUUGUUGUUCUUUCACAGAUCAUUCACAGGAAUGUGGUGAAAUUAUUGGGGUGUUGUUUGGAAACUGAGGUUCCACUUUUGGUUUAUGAAUUCAUACCCAAUGGAACACUUUAUCAGUAUAUUCAACAUCAGAAUGAAGAGUUUCCUUUGACAUGGAAAAUGCGCUUACGCGUUGCCAUUGAAGUUGCAGGAGCUCUUUUCUAUUUGCACUCAGCAGCUUCUACUCCGAUUUACCACCGAGACAUCAAAUCUUCUAACAUACUCUUAGAUGAUAAAUAUAGAGUCAAAGUAGCAGACUUUGGAACAUCAAGAUCUGUUUCAAUUGAGAAAACACACCUUACUAUGUCACAAGUUCAAGGAACAUUCGGUUAUUUGGACCCCGAGUACUUCCGUACCAACCAAUUCACAGACAAGAGUGAUGUUUAUAGCUUCGGGGUUGUCCUUGCUGAACUCUUAACAGGAGAAAAACCAAUAAUGAAAUGGAAGUCGGAAGAAGCCACAAGCCUUGCCAACUAUUUCCUUGUUUCUUUGGAGGAUGAUCACUUAUUUGAUAUUCUUGAUGCUCGACUUGUUAAAGAUGGUGGGAAAGAAGUCAUCACUGAAGUUGCUUACCUUGCAAAACGUUGCUUGAAUUUGAAGGGAAAGAAGCGUCCAACUAUGAAAGAAGUAGCCAUGGAGUUGGAGAGGAUAGUUAAUUUAUAUGUGAAUAACUCUGAUGUUCAAUCAAACUCAAUAGAUGUUGGAUAUGACUAG